AUGACAACACCAAUAUCAACAGAAGUGAUUCAAAAGAAAUGGGAUAGAUUUAGUUCAGUGUUUCAGUUCUAUAAUGAACCACAGACAUUACCAGUAUGUCACAUUCUAUUGUCAAACCUUAGAUUAAACCUAAGAAGUUUGACACCACCCAAAGCAAUCUUGGAGGUUGCAUGUGGUGCUGGAGCAGGCAGCAGUCUCGCACUGUCGAUGAAGCAUGACUCUACAAGCUUGACAUCGGUCGAUCUUUCAAAUGAGAUGGUUGAACUCACAAAAAAGAGAACUGGUGUUGCAGUCGACAAGGACGGUGACGAAUCGAGAAAGUUCAAGGUACUCCAAGUCGACGCUGAGAAGUUGCCAUUUGCCGACUCUACAUUUGACAGAUAUUUUGCCAACUAUUGCUUGCAUCUUGUAGCAGACCCAGUACAAACUCUCAAGGAAACACUUCGUGUCUUGGAAAAGGGUGGUAUUGCUUGUUUCUCGGUUUGGGGUCGUCCUCAAAACAGCAACCAAUUCACCAUCACCAAAAGUAUUGCAGAGUCUAUCGGUGUACCAAAUUUCCCCCACUCUGAACGUUCUGCUUUCCAUCUCAACGAUAUCGAUCAUCUAAGAAAGAUGGUUUUAGAUGCAGGAUUUUCAAGUUGUCUUGGUGGUUAUACUUACAAUAAUGCAUUAAUUUUAAAUGGUAAAGAAUAUGUUGAAGUAUUUUUCUCUGGUCCAGAUUUCCAAGAUUAUUUCAAAUCACUUCCAAUUGAUAUACAACAAGAAUGGGUUUCAAAGGUUGAAAGUCAUGUUGAUGAAUUAUUACAAUCAGGAAAAAUGGUUGGUUUGGAAACUGCAUAUGUCGUUUGUGUUAAAUAA